AUGUCAGCAGGUAUACCAGUAAGACUAUUAAAUGAAGCUCAAGGACAUGUGAUAUCAAUAGAGUUGACCAAUGGCGAUACUUACAGAGGCAAAUUACUAGAAAAUGAAGAUAACAUGAACCUCUCACUAUAUGAAGCAACAGUAACCAAAGGUAAAUCAGGACUGGUAGAACAUAUGGACCAAGUAUUUAUUCGUGGGUCAAUGAUACGAUUUGUUUCCGUACCUGAUAUUUUAAAGAAUGCUCCUAUGUUUUUUAUGAAACCUGGUGACAAACCAAAACCACCAAUCAGAGGUCCACCACCAAAGAGAAAGAGAGUAUAG